UAAUUAAAUUCAGCUUAAAAUAUUUAAACUCUAAUUUUGAAAUAUUGUUUAUUUUCCCACAAUGGGGAAAUUUAGAUGCAACAGUAGCAUAAAGUAUGAAGGUCCACAUAAAACUUAAGUGUUAAAACAUAUUAAAAACUGGAUUUACAUUAAUAUACUGUAAUAAUUGGGUUGCAAUAACAUCCCCAGAUCAAGUGAUUUGAGAAUCUAAGCCAUUUGAUUUUUCCUCUUUCUUUCUUUUUCCUUUUAUUGCUCAUCUAUUACUCAUUUAUCCAGUCACAUGUUUCCAGUUCUGCUUUAGAGCAGCCAUGGAAUUUCAACAGUGAAAGGUUGAACAUUAAGCUUGGCGUUUGGAACAUUCCUUCGUCUCCCAUCGUCUGUUUACUGAUGAGGCAGCGCGCCAUCCGACCUUCCUGUUUUCCUUCCUUCCUGUCCUCACAUCGUCCUAGAGCUUUUACCGUAAAACAUCCUGGUCGCUCAGACGUCCAAGCACUUCCUAACUGCUGAAACCUUCUUGUUUUGUCGCGUUUCAAAGGCAAAAAUAAACAUAAAUCAAAUUAUCAUGUAUUAAGUAAAACAUUUUUUAUAUUCAGCCCCUUUUACAUGAAUCCUCCUAAAUAAAUUUAAUCUAAAAAAUGCAGUCCUGUAAUUUGAGCUUUUGUAUUAAAUAAAGCUCUUCUGAAGAUAAACGAGGUUAGUUGUUUCCCCAUCUGAUACAUGGUGGUGGUGUCAUCAUGCUGUGGGGAUAGAUUGGACUCUAUCAUGUGGUAAGGGCAAAUUUAUCGCCAGUUGGCUGGACAAAAUUUGUACAUUUAAUUAUAAAAAAAAUUCUUUAAAAGACCAAUCCCCUCUAGAGACACAAAGGGCAACAAGAUGGAAAUAAACAUUGAUUAUUAAUAUUAGCCCAGUUUCACUUUUUAGAAAACGAUGCUAAUGCCGAUAUAUCAUGACGAUUCCUGAUGUUUCACGUAUCGCCACUGUGUGACCCGCAGGCUGCUGAUCUUUGUGUGUGAUUACAGCACCCCCUACAGUGUAUGUGUGGCAACAACAUGUCUGUGCCGCUGCUCGCCGAUGCUGUGACGGUGUCCGGGACACAGAAGGAGACCGCGGCGGUGAUCUUCCUUCAUGGAUUAGGAGACACAGGGCACGGCUGGGCCGACUCUCUGACGGGGAUCCGGCUGCCUCACGUUAAGUUUAUCUGCCCUCACGCGCCUAAAAUCCCUGUCACUCUCAACAUGAGGUCCCUGAUGCCUGCAUGGUUCGACCUCAUGGGCUUGAGCCCCGACGCUCCAGAGGACGAAGCCGGAAUCAAAAAGGCUGCAGAAAACAUUAAGGCCAUAAUCGAACACGAGGCCAGAAACGGGAUUCCUCCUCACCGUAUAAUCAUCGGUGGAUUCUCUCAGGGUGGCGCUUUGUCCUUGUACACCGCUCUGACCUGCCAGCACCAGCUGGCCGGCGUGGUGGCCCUCAGCUGCUGGCUCCCUCUUCACAAGAGUUUCCCUUCGGCGUCAAGUGGCCACAAGAACAUCCCAAUCCUGCAGUGCCAUGGAGAGAUUGACAUGAUGGUGCCUGUGCAGUUCGGCGCCAUGACGGCAGAGAAGCUCAAACACAUAGUUAACCCUCAGAUGGUCACCUUUAAAGCCUACCCAGGCGUUCAGCACUCCUCCUGUAACGAGGAAAUGUUGGCUGUAAGGGAAUUUAUUGAGAAGUAUUUGCCCCAGAUUUGACCUCACCUCAUUCCAACUGUGAUGCCCUCCGAGACACUGACCUCUGACCCCUGAUCUGCUCUCCUGCAGGAAACAGCCAUGAGAACCCCCGACCCCUCACACACACACACACACACACACACACACACACACACACACACACACACACACACACACACACACACACACACACACAUUUAACAGGUAAUUUAAUCCGCAGAGCUGAACAGUGCUCUUCAUGCAGUCCAACUUGUCGAGUUUCGGCGUUCGGAGGGAGAAACUCUCGCUGCACAUUCCCCCUUUUUUUAAUUUAAAUCCUCCAUCUGUUGCCUCUCUUCUUUUCCUUUUUUUUUUCUUUUUUACCUCAUCUUGUUUUCUUGUAUCAGUCAUCGCCUCACUGCCACACUUCCUUUUAAGUUACUGGAAAACCAGCGAUGAGCCCUGAGUCGCAUCAUCCGACCUGCUGGGGGCGCUGUCAGACUGGUCGGAUGUUUACGAACAACUAUUGCUUCUCCACCUUUAGCAUUAGCUGCAGCAUUAGCUACAGGUUUUAUAGGAAGUGAAAGGAAGUAGAAUCUGUUUCAGACAUUUUGUUUAGACAUUCUGACAGCCUUUAUAAACGAGUGAAGCUGUUUGCAUUGAGAAAACAAAUUUUUAUUUAAAAAUGUGUAAAAUCAGAUCACUGAUGAAAACCAUUUCAGAUAUGAAAUAUGCAGCAAUGUAGGUCACAUUACCACAUCAAAUCUGCAGUAUUUGUUUGUAGCUCCUAAAUUUGUUCAAUUUGAAUACCUGGAACGUUGCAGCAAGCAGCGCACUUAUGACCCUGACUGUCUCCUUUGAGUUUGAGCAGAAACAGCAGUUUGGAAUGAAAAACUUAAACUCCUUCUUAAUUUAUUUUCAUUUAAUAGCAAGAAACGCUGCAAGUUUCUGAAAAGGAUUCUUAAUGUGAUCACAAAUCAGCAAAUGUGAGAUAUUGGCUUCCAGUUGAGAAAUAAUGAAAAUAGUUAUGAAUGAAAUAAAAUAAAUUGAAAAUACCAGAAAAUGAUGGAUGAAAUAACAUAUUAAUUCUUGUUUUUGGGACCAAACAGAACGGUCUGUUUGACCCACCCAGCAGAAUAUUUUUUCAUUCUGUUCAUAAAUAACUGCAGGAAAAUGUGAUUAACUGACUAAUAAAGACUACAUACCAGAGGUUUGAUAAGUGGUCACUAUCUGUCCUGUCUGAUAACAGUCAGCUGAGCCAAAUGGGCGUGAUGAUCAAAACAAGACCUAAUUUCAGCGAUCUUCUGACCUUUAAUGUCUUUUAUCCUUUUUGGAAAUACUUCUCUGCAAAACAAAAGCAUAAGUCAUAGUUUAAAUUGAUUAUUUGGAAGUGGUUUGUUUACAGGCUAGAAAGGAUCAAAAUGUUAACGUGUUAGUGUGGAUUAAUCUGUAUCAUUUGACCUCUGACCCGUUAGCGUUUCGCCAGGCGUGAAUAUUCUCGUCCUGCGUUGUUCCCGUUAAUCAUGUCCUAAAAGGCCUUUUAUAACGAAGUUCCUCUGUGUCCAACUCGGUUACUGGGAGAGCUGGUUUUCCACCAUUGCAUCCAUUCCACAUUCUGCAGCUUGUCCGGGUCUUUUUAUGGAAACACGCACACAGAGUCCCUGGAACUGAUGCUUUUCCUAUUUUUAAAUGUGAGAAAAUGAAAUGACUUGUGUAAAACGUAAUCCAAGUGAAAUAAAGCAAAUGAAAGACUGUUCCUGCCAGCCUGUUUCUUUCAGAGCUGUAAAACAUUUGUGUUGAUUCGGUGUCAAACUUUGAUUUUUCCAAAAAUCACAGAGAACGGGAACAUGAGACCCGCACAGACUGCACAUCACCACUCGUUUCACUGCACCUGCUUUCAUCCCCAUUUAUGUUGGAGCAGCUUUUAUCCUCCCUCCUCAUAUCCAUCCAUGAUGCCAAGGAGUUCCAGAGUCCAGACCUUUUAAUCCCAGAGAAAAUCCAGAAAUUCUUCUUGUUCCUCCUGCUGUAACCUGUUAACAGAGCGACAGAUUAAAGAUCUCAACUUAAACUCCAGUUAAGGUUUUUAGAAUUGGCCUGAAGCGCAUUAAUUUCUGUGCAGAGGAACAGUUUAGUUUUUAGCUUCUUCUGUAUUGGUAACGUCUUCUGAUCUGAAAGACGUCAGUUUUGAUUGUUCACCAGUGAAUGAAUGUUUCUUGUGUCCUUUACUGUUUUCAUAUUUCUGUCUGUCUUUGAUCCCAGCCGAGUUUUUGGAUUUCUUUUUUUGUAAUCAUCUUGUUUUAUUAUGUCUUUUCUUUUUCCCCAUUUGAUUGUCUUGUUAAUGUUGUGGAUCUUUUUCAUCCUCUUUUUGUCUGAUGACGAUGAUGAGCGUUAAGAAGACAUGUUGAGGUGAGACUGAUGUCUCUGCUCAUUUUGUUCCCUAAACAGCUUUCUGCGGAAUAAAUGAUCCAAAAAAAUAAAUAACAGACAAUGUA